ACCAACUUACUCAAACCCAAUUACCCAAAAACCCAAAAACCCAAAGCCUACCAACUACCCAAGCCCAAAACCCAAAAAUUCAAACCCAAAACCCAAGCCCAAAUACCAAACCCAAAAACCAUAAAAAACCCAAAAAAAAAAAAGAAAAAAAGAAAAAGGAAGGCAUCCAGAACCUUCCUUCCUCACACUCGAACCCUGCUCUACAUCCUCAGUUCCUCACCCUAGCCUUCUCCCUUUUCCGCUCCCGAACUAGCACCCCUGUUUUGCACCCUUGCCUCCUACAUGCUGCACCAGAUCCCCUCACCUCUACGCCCAGAUCCCAAGCCUUGCUCUGCACCAGAUCCCCUCACCUUCUGUGCCUAGAUCCCCUCUCCUCUGCGCCACCCACUACCGAGCAGAAAGUACAGUACCGAGGGGUUGAGGUCGGUGGUUGAUUUUCGGAGUUGAUUUAGGGAGUCUCUGUCUGGUUCUUGAGAGCACUAGAGGGAGAUUUCGAAGAAGCGAGGGCUGGUUUUCUUUGGGGAGGUUGGUUGUCGAGAGCAUCGCCUCCGUCACUGGUGUUGAAGGGCUGGUUCGAGAGUGAUGAUCUGGGAGAGUGCAACAGCAACUUAAAGAGAAGGAAACAUUUUCUGGGUUCGCUUAGGUAAUUCCCUAAACAGAGGAAUUUUUGGGAAGGAUAGUGAAGGAGACGAAUGAAGCUUGAUCCCAUGGGUGAGAUCUGUAAGGGCAGCUAUACGAGACGCAAGGCAAAGUUCGGAGCUCAAAACUCACUGCACCUCGGCUGCAAAGCUCAGAGUUUACUACACCUCGGUUACAGAGCUCAGAGUCUACCGCACCUCGGCUGCAAAGCUCAGAGUUUACUACACCUCGGUUACAGAGCUCAGAGUCUACCGCACCUCGGCAAUCCAUCGUAGGUGUAUGGCAGCCACAAUAAGCACACCCUCAUCUGAUCAUUUGUCUUUAUGAGAACACGAACCUGCUCCGUCAGAACACACCACGCGCAUUUAAUGCGGUUGCUUAGUUAAGGCACGUUACAUUCACCUAAAACGUCUAUUUCGUCAAGCGCACCAUGUCACUAUUAUUGGGUUGACUGGGCCACAUGGGUGUGGACAAGCCAUGUGGGUGCCUUGCCAAGAUGGACAAAGCCCACAAGGUAAGGUUUGAUAAAUAAGAGGAACAAAAAAGGAAAACAUUAUUAGAAAAAUACUGACUUAAGCAUCGAAAUUUCUUCCCGAGGACCAACCUCGGGACUUUGCAGGACCACUUGGAGAAGAAUCAGCCCAAAGCAGAAUCUUAAGGAUAUUCAGCAACAACAGGAUCCCCCCUUUCGAUUCGGAUCUGUCUUCUCCCAGAAAAUUUCCACCUUGUUUGUUGCAAUUUCUCUUAGAUUUCGAUGUAUUAGGAUUGUAUUUGAUGAUGAUAUUGUGAAUGAAAAAAAAAAAAUCAA